CUCAUAUUAGAAAAUGAAUAUUGCAGAGAGAUUAUAAAGAGAAGCUGAAAAGAAAAGAAUAUAGUAAGAAGAAAAAAUGAAAGGAGGAAAUAAAGCCAUAAAAGAAAAAUAUGAAGCUGAAUAUUCGGAAAACAAAAAUAAAUUGAGUUAAGAAAUUAAGCAAGACAUUAAAUUAAUCUCUCAAUAAUAUCCUAGUUUCUAAGUAAAUUCAAUUUACAAUUAACAAGAAAUUUGCUUUGUACAAAAUUUAUAAGUAGUUCGAUUUCAAUAGAGAGAUUGCAAAUGAAUUCAUUAGCAUUUAAAUCUAAAAUUAAAAUCAAUAAGAUAAUGAUGAUGAUGAUUGGAUUGAAAUUACAAGCAAAAGAAAAACACUUAUUUAUAAGAUGUCUAAAUCAAAUGACAAUAAUUAAAAAUAAAAAAGAUCAUAAUCUGUGACUAAUAAAUAUGAAUCAGAAAAUAAUUAAUCAAGAUAAUCGUCAAAUUUUAAUGAAAAUAAAUAGAGAACUUAAACAAGAAAUGCUUCAGGAGAUAAAAAAAGAGAAAUUUCUCCGAGAAAGUUCGAUUAUCAAAAUAAAAAUUAUGAGAAAAUUGAAAAUUAUCGAAAUAAUUUUAAGUAAGAUGGACGUAGAAAAUAUUAACUAAAUUACAAACCAAGAACUCCUAAUUAAAAUACAUUUUAGCCUAAAUAUAUAUAUGUACCAAAAAAUUAAUAUGAUGAAUGUCCAUAUGUGCCUAAAUCAAUUAUAGCUUAAACUUAAAAUAUAAUCAAUCAAAAUUUGUAAGAAUAAAAUUUGAAUAUUAAUAAUUAAAAUAAAGAAUUGCUUUUUUAAUAAUCAAAUACAGAUCAAUCUAAAUAAGAUCAUGUUUCAUAAACAAUAUAAAAUAAAUUAGUAUCUAUAAAUUAAGAUAAAAUAAAAUAAGAUUAAAUUAAUUAAUAAGAAUAAUAAUAAUAAGAAUAAGUAAGAUUAUAAUAAAUAAGAUAAGAAUAAAUUAGAUAAGAAUAAAUUAGAUAGGAAUAAAUUAGAUAGGAAUAAAUUAGAUAGGAAUAGUAAAGAUAAGAAAAGUUGAGACAAGAACAAAUUAAAUAAGAAUAAUAAAUAUAAAAUGAAUAAGUUAAAUAAGAAAUGGUUAGAUAGGAAUAAAAAAGGUUAGAUUAAGAAUAAAAUAUUGUAAAUUACCCCCUUUAAUUUAAUUGUUAUAAUCAAUUUCUCUCAUAAGAUUUAUCCAAAUAAUAGCCAAUGAAUUAACAAUUUAAGGGUUCGAUGUUCACUCCUUAAUUCUAGAUAGCUACUUAAGGAUUUAUGUAAUAAAAUUAAGAACAUCUAGACAUUAACAACCAGGCUUCUGUCUAUGAUAUGCUUAUGAGUUACAUUAAUUACGAAUGAGCUUAAAUAUUG